AUGGCUUCAACAGAAACCCAUGCUCAUUUGGUAUCAUCUACUCAUGGAGUGUUCGAUAUCGAAGGAGAAGAGUAUUUCGAUGUUCCUGCUGAUAAUGUCUUGGCUCUGCUUGAAUCUACUUCACCACAAACAGUGUCUAGCACCAUGAACAUUCCGAAACCCCCUCCUCUUCCUUGUAUAACCUACCAGCGUUUUGAAGCUUCUACAAGGAAACCUUCUAACUUAUCACACCUUGUGCCUAAAGAAGCAGUAGAAACUUGGGAUAAGCUUUUCAAAGAAGGAAUUGGAGCAGAUACAUAUGUUGAAACCGAUAACAAGUCUCGCUUACCCGCCCAUUCAAGUGUCCUGGCUGCAGCUUCACCAGUUAUAGCGAAACUUCUGUACCAAUCGAGGGAUAAAAAAGGAAAAACAUACCUCAAAAUCCCUGGAGUACCUUAUGAAGCUGCCUACAUGUUCAUUCGAUUUCUUUACUCUUCCUGCUACGAGGAGGAAGAAAUGAACAACUUCGUGCUCCAUUUAUUGGUUCUGUCACACUGCUACUCGGUCCCAUCUCUGAAAAGAGUAUGUGUAGAGGUUCUUGAUCAAGGGUGGAUUAACAAGGAGAAUGUGAUCGAUGUGCUUCAAUUGGCAAGAAAUUGCGACGCCACAAGGAUUAGCUUUGUAUGUGUUUCAAUGGUCAUCAAAGACUUCAAAUCUGUAUCUGCAACAGAGGGAUGGAAAGUGAUGAAACGGGCUGAUCCUCUGCUCGAAAAAGAGCUCGUUGAAGCAAUUGUAGAAGCAGAUACUCGGAAACAAGUAAGAAGGGACAAACUCGAGGAGAGAAAAAUGUAUUUGGAACUUUAUGAAGCUACGGAAGCUCUUAUACACAUAUAUAGAGAAGGUUGUGGCACGAUUGGACCUCGCGAUAAGGCUCUUAAAGGAAGCCAAACCGUGUGUAAGUUCCCUGCUUGUAAAGUACUUGAAGGUGCACUUCGAAAUUUCUUGGGAUGCAAGUCUAGGGCUUCAUGUCUUCAAUGCAAACGGAUGUGGCAGCUUCUUCAGCUUCACUCUUGUAUCUGUGCUGAUUCUCAUUCUUGCAAGAUCCCUCUCUGCCGGAAUUUCAAGGAGAAAAUGAAGAAGCUUAGCAAGAGAGACGAAUCUAAAUGGCGAUUGCUUGCAGAGAACGUUAUUGCAGCGAAGAACAGUCUAGGGCCAUUCUCUUCACGUUCUUCUGGUUUGACAUAA